AGUCCUUUGGCUCAAGCUCCGCAAUCGCGCGUUCGCUUCAUCGCUUCGCUGGCAACAUGUCGAUGGAGGUGAUGUCGCCAACGAGCGCAGACAUGGCCGAGGCCAAGUGCGAUGCACUGUUGGCCAUGAUCGAGGAGGAGCGUGCUGAGCGCAUCCGGGCGGUGGAGGCCCUGUACCAGAUGUUGGGGGCGGGUGUCAAAGCCGAGAAGGUGGCAAACACAGCGCCACCGGCUGAAACCGCGACGGUUCAAAGUGGCGUCGUUAUCCCGGACGCGGAAGCCUUCCGGGACUUCCAGAGCCGCUUUCAAGAGCUCGAGCAAUCCUUCAAAGUCCAGGCGGAGGUGCAGCAGUGGCUCUCAGAGAAGAUGACCAACUUGAUGGGCGAGGUCAAGAGUGAACCCAAGGAGACGCCAGUUCCGUGUGAGCCACGACCUCAAGAACCGGCGUCUCCCUGGCAAAGAGGACCCGCAGUGACGGGAGCGCCCCGGCGCUUUUCCCAGCCCUCGCUGCCGGUCUCAGUGCCUUUUGCACGCGCCAAGGCACAGGAGUGCAUCAAGACGAAUCGGCUCGACACUGGGAUGCAGAACAAGCUCUAUGUUUCUCCCCGGCCCAAUUGCGCAAAAGCGGUUCACGUGUCACCGGUCUUGCGCCGUUACGACGCGACCAGCGCUCGGGCUUAGCGGGGCUUAGGCGGAUGCGCCUUUCGGCUUUUCGGCUCUCCGAAGCCUCGCAGGUGUCCUUGCUUGUAUUGCUGGGGGCCUUAUUUUCGCCAGUGCAUGUAUCAGCUGCAAAGCAAAGGAUACGGCACUUGGCUUUGUUUCGUUUAAGAUGUUGUUCCUUCUUUGCCUUUUCCUGCCGGAACGUGACGACGCGUCCUGCCAUCUUGCAAAGAGAGAUUCGGGCAAAUGAUUGGCA